GGGCGUCCGGCCUCGGGGAUGACCGAGACGGGUGGCCUCCGGACGGCCUAGAGGGGCCGUGGAAGCACUCUCGCUUCCGGAUCGACUGUUAGGGUGUUCCAAGUGGACGAGCGUGGGUGUCAGCGAGUUCUCCGUUUCAGGUCCGCUAGAUGCCGGCUUCCUCGCUGCGCUGGUUGCUGGCCAGCGCCCCUUCCCCUGAACUCGGCCCCAUGGAGGCCCGCCCCACCCUGAUCCGGAGUCCAGGCUUUUGGGCCUUGCAGAAGCCAUCCGAGGUGGCUGCGCGGUUUCCCGGGGCCCGGACCCAGCUCCUUCCCACAGCGACGUGAUCCUCUUUUCUCUCCUAAAGAGAUUGGCUUGACUGCCUCCCAUGCCCGGUACUGACGUUUCUGAUGGUUGGGGUCGCCUGCUUCCUGGGAUGGAAUGUUCAGAUCCCGGUUGGGUCUGUGGUCAGCAUCACCACUGGGACACUGAGUAUCUUAUUCACCUCUGUUCUUUCUCUCCAGAGGCACCUUCUUUGGGGGUCAUUGCCAUGGCUCCCGUAAGCAUUCUAUGAAACUCUCCGUUUGUACAGAACCAGCACUAUAGAGACAGGGUUCUUGGGUCCUUCAGUCCCCCCGUGUGAAUGACAUUUAUUCAGGACAGCUCUUUGGACUGAGAAAGGCAAUGGAAGAUAGUCCUGAGGGACCAGGCAGAGCAAUUUAUGAUGCACCUUGGGGUGAUCAGCAUGAGAAUUACAAGAGGGCCUCUGACUGACUCCUUCCAGUGCUGGGAAUAAGGACACUGGGAGGGCUGUGGGUGAUGCUGGACAGGGUCCAUCACACUCAUGACUCUUCUUCUCUUAGCUUCUAAGGUUCUUGAUUUUCCAAUCCCAGAAGACAGUGCAUGAAGCCAGGGGACAUCAGCCAUGCUCCAAACAACUUGGCCUCAGAAAGUGGAACCUCAGCUCAUGGAGCUGGUGACCUUCAAGGACGUGGCCGUGUACUUCACUCAGAGUCAAUGGGCCAGCCUGGACCCUGCACAGAGGGCGCUGUACAGGGAGGUGAUGCUAGAGAAUUAUGCAAAUGCAGCUUCCCUGGUAGCAUUUCCAUUCCCCAAACCUAUUCUGAUCUCCCAGCUGGAGAGAGGGGAAGCACCAUUGGGCCCGGAUCCCUGGGAAGCAGAGGUUUUGAGAGACAUCUGUCCAGGUGGUGAGUCCUGGAUCAAGAAUAAAGAGCCAGCUAUAAAGCAGGAAGUCUCUGAAGAAACAGAGUUGCACCGAAUGCCAGUAGGAAGACUCCUCAGAAAUGUUUCUCAGCACUGUGAUUUUAAAAACAAGGCAACAAAGCAAACUUUCAGUCCAAAUCCAAAUCUGAUACUUCGAGGUGGAAUGAAGUUCUACCAAUGUAAAGUAUGUGGGAAAAUCUUCAGAUAUAACUCAAAACUGAUUCGACAUCAGAUGAGUCAUACUGGGGAAAAGCCCUUCAAAUGUAAGGAAUGUGGCAAAGCUUUCAAGUCCAGCUAUGACUGUAUUGUGCAUGAGAAAAAUCACACCGGAGAAGGGCCUUAUGAAUGUAAGGAAUGUGGCAAAGGUUUAAGUUCCAACACAGCCUUGACUCAACACCAAAGGAUCCACACUGGCGAGAAACCCUAUGAAUGUAAGGAGUGUGGGAAAGCUUUCCGUAGGAGUGCGGCGUAUCUUCAGCAUCAGAGAUUACACACUGGGGAGAAACUCUAUAAAUGUAAGGAAUGUUGGAAAGCUUUUGGGUGUCGGUCACUUUUUAUCGUCCAUCAGAGAAUUCACACUGGGGAGAAGCCCUACCAAUGUAAGGAGUGCGGCAAGGCAUUCACUCAGAAAAUAGCCUCUAUUCAGCACCAGAGGGUUCACACCGGGGAGAAGCCUUAUGAAUGUAAGGUGUGUGGGAAAGCCUUCAAAUGGUAUGGAAGCUUUGUGCAGCAUCAGAAAUUGCACUCCGUGGAGAAGAAGCCUGUCAAGAAGCUUGGGCCAUCCCUGGGCGGUCCCCAGUGUCCCUCUUCAGCCUUGUCUCCUGUUCCUCUGCAGGGUUCAUGCUCUGCUCCAGCUGUGGCUGUGCCUUCACUCACUUUUCCACAUGCUGUGCUCAUUCCUACCUCGGGGCCUUUGUUCGUGCUGCUGCCCACAUCUGGAAUACCUUCAUCACCUGUCCAAAUAGUGCGUGUCUUCCAAGGUCUUGCUCCUACCGUGAAACCUUCCCCAAUUAUUCUGACCCCUACUUCUCACCCGUCAUGAACUUUGCUUUGGCACUCCUGUGGCUCCAUGCCCAGCAAGUCUCCAACCCAAUCUGAGUUUCAUUUGUAUUUUUUUUUCUCUUUAUAUGUAUUACAACUGUUUUAGCAUAAACACCAUUGUAAUCUGUAUACAUUUAAAGACUACUUAUCUAAUAUACUCUCUCUGCUGGGUAGAAUAUGGAAAUACUUGACUUUUGCAUCAGUCUCUUUUAGGUUUGAACAGCGGUGGCCAUUUAUGCAUUGUGGGAAUGCUAGUGUUAGAAGCGCUGGGAGGACACGUUGAAUCUUAAGAAAGUUUGGGAAAGAAGGCAUCCUUGUAUGAGGCCACUGUUGUUAGCAAAAAGCAGCCUGGGAGAACAGGAGAUCUGUGGGACCUGUGGGAGUAGAGAGCCAAAUGAGCUUCCAGCAAUGGACUUCAGAAGUUAAUACACGUUGCUUAGUAGACCAGUGGCUAGGUGGUAUAGCACAACUGAAGUCGUGUUGCCCUUGGCAUGAAUCAUUGAGGAUCCCGUACAUCUAUGCAAUGGUCACGUGAAGUAACUGGUUAAAAAAAUAUGUAUGCAUUGACAGCAGUGACAUCAAUCAUUUACAAAAUUGAUAGCAAUCACGUUCAAUCAUGACUUUUAACAUGAAGGAGUUAACGUAUUUUUACGCCAAUAAUGCAUGCCUUCUAUGUUUGUUUAGCAGCCUCCCCCUGGGCACCGUUACAGGCGCUGUCAUGCCAGUCCUCUUCCACAUGUUGCUUUAAAAAAAUUAGGAUAGCACGUACUUAUGAAAAUACCUCGUGGAGGGGAGGGUGCAUUGGCAAACAAAUGUAGAAGGCGUGCAUUAUUUGCAUAAAAACAUGGUAUUUUUUCCUUUAGUUUUGUUCUUGUUACCAAGAUGUCUCCAAUGUUUUGUUUCCUAAGUAAAUAUACACAAAGGCAUUCAUGUUUGUUGUAUCUGACAUGUAAAUUUUUCUUGGUGAGCAUUCUGGUUUUCUCUUUGCAAGCAUUGCCUUCUGUUCAGAUAGCGUGACUUGUAAAAUACGAACUUGGUGAAUUACUAAAGAAAUAGGAGGACCAGUGUAAGGUCAAUGUCGGAGAAGUCUGAAUAAGCCUUCACAAAUUGUUUUUAGAAAUAAAGGGGGCUGUACAAUGA